AAGGUGACGGAGUAGCGGGCUCGGUGGUGGAUUGAUCAGGUCUGAGCGAGGUGCCCAGGGCUGCGGAUUGUCGGUUCGUCGGCGCUGUCAUGGCGGGUGUGCUGAAGAAGACUACUGGCCUUGUGGGAUUAGCCGUAUGUGACACUCCACACGAGAGGCUAAGAAUAUUGUAUACAAAGAUUCUUGAUGUUCUUGAGCAAAUCCCUAAAAAUGCAGCAUAUAGAAAGUAUACAGAACAGAUUACAAAUGAGAAGCUGGCUAUGGUUAAAGCGGAACCGGAUGUUAAAAAAUUAGAAGAUCAACUUCAGUGUGGCCAAAUAGAAGAGGUGAUUCUUCAGGCUGAAAGUGAACUAAGUCUGGCAAGAAAAAUGAUGCAGUGGAAACCAUGGGAGCCGUUAGUGGAAGAGCCUCCUGCCAAUCAGUGGAAAUGGCCGUUAUAAUCAUCAUUAAAUGACUUUAGCGGGUUAAUGGGAACUUGAUACAAUUAAAUGUGUUAUAUUUGAAAUGUGUCUAAAUUAUUGACAUUAUCAAGAAACUGAUACAGAAUAUAUUUAAGAGACUUGUUAAAAAUAGUGAUUAUGGGGUCUCAUGAAUCAGUUUUUGAUUUGUGAAGUAGUCACACAGGUUAUUUCAAAGAUGGUAUUUCUUUGAACAGAGAAGUUGUGGGAAGACUUGAAAAUGAAUUAGAAAAAUUCCUAUAGAUGUUCAGUACAGAGGACAUAAUGGAAAAGUGAAAUAUCUCUAUUACUAUUUUCAAUAUGUCAUUUAAUUUUUUUAUCCUGAAAAAGAGAAAAGGCACUUAAUUAUUAUUGUCCAAACAAAUUUAUAGGUCACUGUUUGAAGUAAAAUAGUAAAAGUGAAUAUUUUCAAUUGUGAUAAAAUAGCAAAAGUAGCUGGUGCUAAAAUUUGAAAUUAUGGCUAACAUCUUUGGCUAUGAUCUUAAGUUUAUAAAGUAAAAUUUAAAUAUAUAGUUAUAUACUGAUUACCAAAUCAAUAAUAAAUAUCAUUUUAAUUUAGGCUUUAUUUGAAUUACUUAUUCCAUUUACUUGGUUUUAUGUAGUCUUAAUUUUAUCAUUUGUUACCCUAUUUUUGAAAAUUAUCAAAUUAGAAUUUAUUGUACAGUUGAAGAAAGUGGUACGUGAAAGAAAGAUUUCUUAUUAUACAGAGGUAGUUGGAAAAACUUUUCCUUUUGUCUCAUUUAAGGAAGUUAGCUUUCUAGCCUUUAGCAUUUAAUUUUCGUGAUCAACCUAACUAUAUCAGGUUAGAGGUAGAAUUUCUGUAAAAGAAGAGACAUUAAAAGUUCCUGAAGUUUAUCUGGCUUAUAUUCAAAACAUCUUUGUUAGAUUACUAUAAGUUCAAAGCGGAAUCACUGAGUAGUUUUCACUAAGUUUCUGAGUAUAGGUGGGUAUCAAGACAAAUACUGUUCAAGGAAAAAACUUGACAAGCUUAAAGUUAAAGAAAUAAAGUUACUUUUCAUGUGUUCUCACCUUUUCUUACUAGCACCCCAACAUUUCUAAAUACCCAGUUAAAUUUAAGUUAGUAUCACUUUCCUUCAUAGAUAGUACUUUUGUGGGUAUGCAUGUAUGCACUGUUGCCUAUGCAUAUAUGUGUAUAUUUUGUUAUCUUUUGUUGCAAUCCAAAAUCUUUCAGAAUAAGAAAGAAAACUGCAUUUUUCCUUUUUUCCAGUAUAUUUCUCCCCUCAGAGAGCUGUGACAUGAAUGCCAAAUAAUAUUCAAUAAGAUGGAUUGAGUUAACUUCAUAGAGGUUAGAGUGCAAAAAAGCUCUUUCUGGUAGGGAAGUGGGAAAAGUGUUGGAGAGUCAGAAGUUCAAGGAUUCUCGUUCCCAUGAUUCUAGUGUCAUCAUGAACUCAGUAACUAAAUUGAGGCAAGCUAUCAGAAUGGCCUAUUUCCAACUAUGUAAAAGAAGUGAAAUUUAUGAUUUAUGACAAAGUUUUAGCUCUAAACAUUUACUUAAAUAUGUAAUACACUCUUGAGGCCAAAGUAUUUGAUCCUAAAAUAUGUUUGCAUGGAUGCUUUCAAGCUAAUGUCCUAAGUAACUAUUUAUUCAUGUCCUUUGGACACAUAAAAACAGAUGGGUUGGUGUGCCUUUGUCAUACUUUCAGUCCCAAUUCUCCCAUGAUCUUUGGGCAUCUUUUAUAUUUUACCAAUAGUGUUACUGAAACCUUGUUGUUAAAAGGGAAUCUUACUGGUAUUUGCAUUAAAAAUGCAAGUUGUAGAAUAGUCAUCUUGUAGAAACAAUAUAAUAAGAAUAAUGUUUGUUUAGACUUAAUAUGAAUGCCAGGCACUGUUGUAAGUACUUGACUAAUUUCACUCAUUAAAUCUGCACUGCAACCCUAA